GGCCGGACGACAAGAUGUACUGAGCCAGCUGCCACAGGAGCUGAGAAUGAUAUUCUUCUGCCUCAUAUCCGUUCUCGUCAUCCCCGGCCAGUGCCUCCUCUAUUCCAGAAAUUUCCCUCCCAACGAUGAAGACUCCUACGAGUACGAAUGGAGAGUAAGAAGGGAGCAGGCUGCAAGAGAGAACAGGAACCACAUGAGCGAAAAUCUGCCUGCUAUGUACGGCCCCAACGCAGGUUCUCUGUUUAUGAAGACCCCUUUAGGUCCACCAUCGUACUCCGCUGAGCUGGAGGAGUACCUGCGGCAGAUGCUGCUGUCCGGGGAGCUGCGGCGGGAGCCCCCGGUGAGGGGCCGCCUCCACCGCCCCUGGUCGCACGCCCUGCCCGAGCAGCCGCCCCCAGCCCCCGCACUCCCGCAGUCGGACUUCGCAGUGCCGCCCUCCGACAUCAGGUUCUUCCACCCUCGUCCUUCCAGCCUACCUCAGCAAGUAUUUUACAGAGAUGAAGAUACAUUGGAUGAUAAAAAAGAGGAAGUUACUGAAGAAAUUUUAACGACUGAAAAAAGAGAAGAAACUAAACAAACAACGACUGAAGAGAGCAACCCUGACGAGGUGGUUAAAACACCAUUAGUCGAGUUCAGUUCUACUCAAGAAAACAUCAUCCUUGUUGCAUUGAUAACAGGGAGCAGUGUAGCAGCAGUGGUUGGUGUGGCUCUUCUGAUAUAUGGAUUUCUAAAAUUACAGAAAAAAGCGAAAGAUGCUGCUGAUGUGGAGUACCCAGCCUACGGAGUGACUGGUCCAAACAAAGAGGCUACACCGACUGGUGACCGCCGUCUAGCACACUCAGCCCAGAUGUAUCAUUACCAGCUUACAAAGCAAACCAUUAUAGCUAUGGACAGUUCGAAUCGAGGUGAGCGACGAGGGUCUGUGUCGGAAGCAGACAGUGAAGAUGAUGAAAAUGAAGAAGGGGAUUAUACUGUUUAUGAAUGCCCAGGCCUGGCUCCGACUGGCGAGAUGGAGGUGAAAAACCCCCUCUUCCAGGAUGAAACGACCCCAGCAAAUAAUGACCAAAAUAAAGAGUGAACUGUUCAUAUCAAAGAGAAAAUUGUAUACCUCUGUACCUCUAUCCAGUUGUAUUCUGUAUAGUACUAGUUACAUGUCGAUUAUUUUAAGUAUUAAAUGUACAUUUUCACUUAGAUUUGUAUAAGUGAUACCUGUGAGUGAAUUAAUUUGUUUUAUUUAAGUUGAUAUAUAUUC